GACUAGGGGAGCGAAUCACUGCCCCAGAAUCAAGACAUUGUGGAGAGGCUGAGCUCUGAUUUUAAACCCGCCCUCCGGAGAGAUCUCAUUUCCCCCAAAACCUCCCAUUUUUUCUCUCUCUCUUUCUGUCCCUCUCGUUCCUCUUGUUCUUUACCUCUUAUUUCUCGUCUUUUGCUGUACCCCUCACUCACGAAUCAUGGAUCUCACAAUGAGAUGUUUGUUUCUUCUAUCCUGCUUUUGCAUGAUAUCGGCGAUCGAUUUAGAAGCAAUAGAAACAAGCUACUAUGUGGAGCCCACUGCCACCUCAGAUGUGAUCGACUAUAAGGAUCCCUGUAAAGCUGCUGCCUUUUGGGGAGACAUUGCUCUGGAUGAGGAGGACAUGCGCAUGUUUAAGGUGGACCGGGUUAUAAACAUGGUCCAGCGGACCGUCCAGACCUUCAAUCAGACAACCACAGGGUCUUCUGCAAAUGAGACCAGUCGAAACAUAGUGGUGCCAAACCGGCAAGGAUCACACCGCAGGAAAAGGGCGGCAACCUCCAGGCCUGAGAGGGUGUGGCCAGAAGGUGUCAUUCCCUAUGUCAUCAGUGGGAACUUCAGUGGCAGCCAGCGGGCGAUAUUCCGCCAGGCCAUGCGUCACUGGGAGAAGCACACCUGUGUGACCUUUAUGGAGAGGACAACAGAGGAGAGCUACAUUGUGUUCACUUACCGGCCAUGUGGGUGCUGUUCCUAUGUGGGCCGCAGGGGUGGCGGUCCACAGGCCAUCUCCAUUGGAAAGAACUGUGACAAGUUUGGAAUAGUGGUUCAUGAGCUUGGCCAUGUGAUUGGUUUCUGGCACGAGCACACCCGGCCCGACAGAGACGAACAUGUCAGCAUCAUCAGGGACAACAUCCAGCCAGGACAGGAGUAUAACUUCUUGAAGAUGGAGCCAGGGGAGGUGGACUCUAUGGGAGAAGUGUAUGACUUUGACAGCAUCAUGCACUAUGCCAGGAAUACAUUCUCAAGAGGAAUCUUCUUGGACACAAUCCUGCCACGCUAUGAUGUCAAUGGAGUGAGACCGCCGAUUGGCCAGAGGACAAGGCUAAGCAAAGGAGAUAUCACACAGGCACGCAAACUCUACAAGUGUUCCAGAUGUGGAGACAGUCUGCAGGAAAGCAGUGGGAACUUCUCUUCUCCUGGCUUCCCCAACGGAUACUCAGCCUACAUGCACUGCAUCUGGAGAAUAUCGGUCACGCCAGGGGAAAAGAUCAUCCUGAACUUCACCUCCAUGGAUCUGUACAGGAGUCACCUGUGCUGGUACGACCAUGUCGAGAUCAGAGAUGGAUACUCCAGGAAAGCCCCUCUGAAAGGUCGUUUCUGUGGGGAUAAGCUGCCUGAACCAAUCAUCUCCACUGACAGCCGGUUGUGGAUCGAGUUCCGCAGUAGCAGUAACUGGGUGGGGAAGGGCUUCUCCGCUGUGUAUGAAGCCAUCUGUGGAGGGGAGGUGAAGAAGGAUAAUGGACAGAUCCAGUCUCCUAACUACCCAGACGACUAUCGUCCCAACAAGGUGUGCAUAUGGAAGAUCAGUGUUUCUCAGGGCUACCACGUCGGCCUGACCUUCCAGUCCUUUGAGAUUGAGAGGCAUGACAGCUGUGCCUAUGACUACCUGGAGGUGAGGGAUGGGAACUCAGACAACAGCCCACUGCUGGGACGCUUCUGUGGCUACGACAAGCCAGAUGACAUCAAGACCAGUUCCAACCAGCUGUGGAUGAAGUUUGUGUCUGAUGGCUCUGUCAACAAGGCUGGUUUCGCAGCCAACUUUUUCAAAGAGAUGGACGAGUGCUCCAAGCCCGACAAUGGUCGCUGUGAGCAACGCUGUGUCAACACACUGGGCAGCUACAAGUGUGCCUGUGACCCGGGCUACGAGCUGGCUGCCGACAAGCGCAGCUGUGAGGCUGCCUGUGGAGGUUUCAUCACCAAGCUGAACGGCUCCAUCACCAGUCCAGGCUGGCCUAGAGAGUACCCCCCCAAUAAGAACUGUAUCUGGCAGCUGGUGGCGCCCACACAGUACCGAAUCACCCUGCUUUUUGACGUCUUUGAGACUGAGGGCAAUGACGUGUGUAAAUAUGACUAUGUGGAGGUGCGCAGUGGGCUUUCUGCAGACUCAAGGCUACAUGGGAAGUUCUGUGGAGCAGAGAAACCCGAGGCCAUCACCUCUCAGUACAACAACAUGCGCAUUGAAUUUAAGUCAGACAACACAGUCUCCAAGAAGGGAUUCAAAGCUCAGUUCUUCUCAGACAAAGACGAGUGCUCGAAGGAGAAUGGAGGCUGCCAGCAUGAGUGUGUCAACACCUUCGGGAGCUACAGCUGUCAGUGCCGCAGUGGCUUUAUGCUGCACGAGAACAAACACGACUGCAAAGAAGCCGGCUGUGAUCACGUUGUGAACAGUGUGACUGGCACCAUCACAAGCCCCAAUUGGCCAGAUAAAUACCCCAGCAAGAAGGCAUGCACUUGGGCGCUCUCCACCACUGCAGGCCAUCGCAUCAAAAUCGCCUUCAAUGAGAUCGACAUGGAGGCCCAUCUGGAGUGCGCCUACGACCACAUCGAGAUCUACGACGGGCGUGACGGCAAAGCCCCCAGUCUGGGUCGCUUCUGUGGCACUAAGGAGCCUCCUCCCAUCAUGUCCAGCGCCAACAAGAUGUUCAUCCGCUUCUUCUCUGAUAACUCUGUCCAGAAGAAGGGCUUCGAGGCCUCCCACACAGCAGAGUGUGGAGGUCGUCUUAAGGCUGAGGUCAAGACCAAAGACCUGUACUCCCAUGCUCAGUUUGGGGACAAUAACUACCCCGGUGCGUCUGAUUGCCAGUGGGUGAUCGCUGCUGAGAAAGGCUACGGGGUGGAGCUCAUCUUCCAGACCUUUGAGAUUGAGGAGGAGGCUGACUGUGGCUACGACUACAUGGAGCUCUUUGAUGGUGUCGAUACCAAGUCCCCAAGGCUGGGACGCUACUGUGGCUCUGGGCCUCCUGAGGAGAUCUACUCUGCCGGCGACUCCGUUGUAAUCAAGUUCCGCUCUGAUGACACCAUCAACAAGAAGGGCUUCCACGUGCGCUACACCAGCACCAAGUUUCAGGACACACUGCACUCGCGCAAGUGACCAGCGGGGGCCGGAAAGGGCCGGGUGGGGAAGAGGGGCAAGUGGAGGGGCCCCCAGGGGAGGCGACAGCCUGACACUCGGAAACCUUCGGCCACCAAGAUCAUUCAGAAACGACAGAACAGCCGCAAGACCACCAACCGCACCUCAACUCCAAGGGGCUCCAGCUUCCUACAGACUGUGAGGAGUAAAGCCAUUCUGCAGUAGACCUUGUUUUUACCUUUUUUUUAAUGGUUAUGAUUGGGGCGGGUGGGUGGAUAUCCGUUUAGGUGGAUUCAGGGGGAGAAUUUUCUACCCCCAGGUUUUUUUUGGUUCUUUUUUUAUUUUCUAUGCCUCCUAAUGAGAGCGAAAUGAACAACGGUGGAUUCUCAGGACCUGUAGGAAGGCAGGCAUCAGCCAGACAGAUCCCUGCUUUUGUCAGGCCAGCCCCCCCCCACGCCAGGAGGGAAGGAGGCGAGGAGAGAAAAGGAGGGGGAGACCGGAGGAAGUUCCAGAGGGAUUCACCAACCUCAACCUUCCAGCCAAACUCCUCCAGAAUACUAGAGCUCCUCUCCUCCUCACAUUCCCACCCAUAUUGUUCAAGGAUUCCAGUCAAUAAGAGGAUUGGAGGGAUGCCCUUGACUUGAGGUUUUAAUACUGUAUGUCUGAGAAUUGCAUGUAAUUACAAGAAGAGAGAAGGAAACUGUAGGGUGACAACACCAGCAUUUGUAAUUGGCAUUGUCCUGGCAACCAGUGCAAGAUUCUCGCUAUUACCAUUAACAAGGAAAUUAAAGAAGCAGUUAUCUUAUUAAAGGACUAAUAAAUGAAAUGUGGCCUAUGUCUUCUGGUUGGUAAUUGCUUGCCCAUUGAGGGGCUAUUGCUGUAUCUCUCUGUGUAAUUGUAAUGUGUAUGAUUAUUCAAAGGGACAUGACAUGCUUUCCUCAACUCAAAUCAUCAGUAAGCACUUUACAGUGAAUUGUUCAAAAAUCAUGAACUAACGAUUUUUUUGUAAAAUGCAAUGCAAGUUCACUUAUUUUUUAUGCAUUUUAUCACUUUUAUUCCCUGAUUUUAUUUUCAUUGCACCAUUUGGUUUCUCAGGCGUGCUUGAGAGCUGUUUGUACCCUGUACCAUGGGGUAAUAAAGAUAUGGGUUCUGUUUCAGUGUUCAUGUACAGUUUUAAUGUGCAGCAUUUUCUCUCCCUAGACUAAAACUCUCCAUAAAUAGUGCAAUCUCCAGGGGCAGGCCAGAACCCUUUAUUGUGACAGAAGGGUCUGGUGCAGGCGAGUCUGAGUAGUCAUUGUCAUAGCAACACCUUCACAAUAUAUUCAUCUGUUUAUGGUGGGGCUCUGCUGAAUUCCAUGUAUUAUGAUGUGUUGGUAUUGUGCAGCGAGAAUGAUGUUGAAUACAUGACAAAAACUGUUAUCCCACUCUCUUUUCGGGUUCUCUUUCAUUUGACUGAAAAUGCCAGCUGUCACUUAAUGUCUUUGCCUCUAUAGCCAAUCAAUGCAGAUGUUCAGCAUGGUUGGUUUUGUAAGAACCAAUGGAUGUGCUU